AUGGACUUGACCCGGCUCCGGCAGAUCUACACUUUUUGGAGAAACCAGGCCAGGGCCCGGAGAAGAGCGGGGCCGCUAGCGCCGGACCUGGAGAGGAAAGCGAGUGAGGCGGCCAAGGAAUACCAUCACGCUGUGCGAAAGCAAAAACGGCGGCAUUGGGAAGAGUUCCUGGCCGAAGAUGGCAACAUCUGGAGAGCAUCCAAGUACCUGGGGCGGAGAUCUGCGAACUUGGAGGAAAAGGUACCGCCGCUAAAGAAGGAGGACGGAAUGACGACGACGGGCCGGCUGGAGCAGGCAGAGGAGCUGCUCCGCACCUUCUUCCCGCCGCUGCCGAUUCAAAUCGAGGAUGAGCUUGAGGGGCCGCCACGAGCGCCGCUGGCGUGGCCAGAGCUGACCAUGGAAGAGGUGGAGAGGAAGGUGAUGGCUGCCAAGCCAUGGAAGGCGCCCGGGGACGAUGGCCUGCCGGCAACGGUGUGGAAAGAGCUGUGGCCGGUGGUCAAGGAACGGGUACUGCAUCUGUUUCGAUUAUCACUCGGGAGCGGCGAGCUGCCUCGGCAGUGGAGAAGCGCGAGAAUCAUCCCGCUGAAGAAACCUGACAAGGACGACUACACGGCGGCGAGAGCCUGGCGACCGAUCUCCUUGCUCUCAACGCUGGGCAAGGUGUUAGAGGCGGUGGUGGCGGAGCGAAUAUCGUAUAUGGUCGAGACGCAUGGCUUGCUACCGGCCAACCAUUUUGGCGCGAGGAAGCGACGUUCGGCCGAGCAAGCGCUUAUUCUCCUGCAGGAAAACAUAUACAGAGCAUGGAGGAUGGGCAAGGUGCUCAGCCUGGUGAGCUUUGAUGUCAAGGGAGCAUACAACGGCGUGUUCAGGGAGAGACUGCUGCAGAGGCUGGCGGCACGAGGUCUGCCUGGGCAGCUGGUUCGGUGGGUGGAUGCGUUCUGCUCCGGUAGGACGGCCAGCAUCGACGUCAAUGGAUACCACUCCCCCCAGAAACCUCUCCCACAGGCGGGCCUGCCGCAGGGGUCUCCGCUGUCACCAAUCCUCUUCCUCUUCUUCAACGCGGAUCUUGUGCAGACGAGCAUCAGCACGACGGAGGGGGCAAUCGCCUUCGUGGACGACUACUCGGCCUGGGUGACAGGGAAGACAGCGGAGGCGAACCGGGACGGGAUCCAGGCCAUCAUCGACCGAGCCGUGGCCUGGGCGAGGCGGAGCGGUGCGACUUUUGAGGGCAGCAAGACAGCCGUUAUCCAUUUCACGAGAACGGCUAGACGUGGCAGCCAGAACAACUUCGUGGUCAAUGGACAGACUAUACAACCGAAGGACACCGCCAAGGUGCUGGGAGUGGUGCUGGAUGCAGAGCUCAGAUACAAAGAGCACAUUGCCGAGGCUGCUGCCAAGGGCCUGUCUGUCGCGAUGCAGCUUAAGAGACUCCGUGGAUUGUCCCCGCGCGUGGCCAGACAGCUGUUCGCGGCUGCAGUGGCGCCGGCCAUGGAUUAUGCCUCCAAUGUGUGGACACACGCUUGCGGUGAGAAGGAGACGAUCUGGUUGAGCCAGGCACAAGCAGUCGGUGCGCAGGCCGUGACAGGGGCAUUUCGAAGCGUCGCCGCGGCCAUCGCAGAGGCAGAGGCGAGCAUUGAGCCAGUGCUUCAACGACAUGCCAGGGCUGCCGCCAAGACGUGGACCAGCCUACGCACCCUACCGAGCGAACACCCGCUGGCGAGACUAAGCAUAAGGAUAUGUCAACGGUUUACGUCGCCGAUGCAGAAGAUGGCCCGGCGGUACAGGGACGGAGCAGGAGAGUGGCUGGAAGUGAUCCAAGAGUUUGCCAUGGCACCUUGGGAGGGCCGGAUCCGCGUCGUGUGUGAUGUGGACCGAGACGAAGCAGCAGAGGCUGCAAGAACGGCCCGAGGCGUGGUUAUCUCGACGAGCUCUUCGGAGAGGGGAGGAAUGGUUGGUAUGGGGGGUUACGUGGAGUAUGUGACGGCAAAGGGCAAGAGGGAUGUGUUGGUCCGGUUCUCGGUCACGCUGGGGCCGCGUGAGGAUGUGAACCCGUACAUGGCCGAGCUGGAGGCAAUGGCAUGGGCAUUUCGAUACGUGCCGGUGAAGCUGCCGCACAGGAACGUGGUCAUCGUCAGCAGCAAUAGGGCAGCCGUUCAAGUGGUAGGACAACCUCGACAGCAAUCCGGACAACGGGCAGUCCAAGAGGUGUACAGGCAGGCGAGGCUGCCGCAUCUGCGAGAUGUGCCGGUGUCAGUGCUGUGGGUGCCGGCAGGGCAUGAGGGCUUCCGGCCGGGUGCGGCGGCCAAGACAGCGGCCCGCGAGGCUACGAAGGACGGGUGCGUCCGGGAAAAAGCAAGAUAUCAAGCACGAUCUACGAGAACCAGACUGCUGCUCGGCCAACAGCAACAGCAGCGGCAAAGGAUACCCAUCGGUGUAGGCCGGCAUUCGCAACGGAUCGACACAGCACUUCCGGGCAAGCACACGCGGACCAUUUAUGACGCUUUGAGUGCCAAGGAGUCAAGAAUACUGGUACAAUUGCGAACAGGAAAGUGCAGGCUCAACAGGUACCUGCACAGCAUCAGGGCUACAGGUUCGGACCAAUGCAGCUGCGGCCAAGCCGCAGAGACAGUCGAGCAUUUCCUGUUUCGGUGCAGACGUUGGAACUCGGAGAGGGAAGACAUGAUACGGUACGAGCGGACCAAGGUUGGAAACUUGUCUUUCUUCCUGGGAGGCAAGUCUGGAUCGGAUGGCGAGGGGUGGAAGCCAGACAUGGCGGCAGUCCGAACAACGAUCAAGUUUGCAAUGGCAACAGGAAGGCUGGAUGCGGACAUUUGA